ACUACUAUAGAUAAACCACAGUUUAUUUUUGUAGGGUAAUUUACUUCUUGAUUUAACAAAAAUGCUAUUGUGAAGCAAAAUAGGCAAAGUAUGUUUAGCAGGUGUUUAGGAUGUGCAUCCUGUUGAUUUCUCAAGCAUUACAUCAGUGAUUAUGCAGAAUAGAAACUGAAAGUUAUUGAGCAAAUCUACAGAAAGGAAACAUUGUUUUGAGGCGGGGCAUGAAAGAUGCCUUAUAAUGCCUCUACCCUGAGCCACACUAUUCGAUUUUGGUGUGACGGUGCCAGACUCGAGCAAGAAAACCAGGAAAAGCAAAAGAUUUGAACAGCUCGGCUUGCGAUGGAAUUACUAGUAAAGGGAUUCAAUGGAAACACAAAACGCCUGACUGUGGACUGCAAUGCCACAGUUGGUGAAUUGAAGAAGCUCAUUUUGCAAGACUUCAUCAACUUUGACAAUGAUUCCAGAACCCUCAGAAGUUACGGUUUGACGUCAGAGUCCUCCCUGAUGCUACUUGUUACAAAUCCUGUAAAGUUUCCUGUACUUAUGCAGGUGUUUGUCAGGAAUGAGAUGGGCAUAACGAGUACCUACGAAGUUGACCCUAAUGAGACAGUGGAUCAGCUUCAGCGUGAGAUCUACAACAAAGAACGAGUCCCGCUGGACCAGCAGAGACUGAUUUACAACGGCAGGCAACUGGAGUCCGGCAAGAAGUUGAACGACUACGACAUCACAAAUCAAAGCACCAUUCACAUGACUCUCCGUUUACGUGGUUAAUGGAGAAGUUAAUAAUCUUGCUGAUUGUAUCUCAAACAAAUGUAAUUACAUAUUUACUUAGCCACAUCUCUUAAAGUCGUGGGUGCAAUUAAGGAACAUUUCCACCUUUAUUUCUGAAAAUAAACUACGUCCAACUCGUUUUUUAACAAGUUGACCAUGUUAAGCAUGAGAAGCCAGCACGUUUAACAGUGUAAAGAAGUCAGAAUGCAUGAAAUACCAUGUUACCCUAUCUUUAACCAAUGUUUUUGACAAAUCAUCUUCCGUGUAUGGUGCAAGUAAUUUAAUGAAAACAACAAUAACUGUUUGUAUAAGUUGAUCAGUAAUUACAUUUUACUGCUUCAUCCCUGUUAUAUUACAGUAAAUUACAAAUAUGGUAAAAAUUGUCAGUUGCCCUGGAAAACAUCAGAUUAUUUUUAUCAGUUUGUGCCUUUUAAGGCACAAACUGGUUUAAUCCUACUCUAGCCAGCUACU